AUAGUCUUCAAGAGCAAAUUUCUUUCAUAUUAAACUUUUACUUAGUUGUCUUACUUGUGAGACGUGCACCACAACGCGCCAACGAAAACAGUGUGCAGGACGGAAAUCUGUAUUUUUGUUUAAUCUAACCUUACCUGUUUGGUUUGUUUAUUUCGUAUAGUAUAAAAUUGUGCAAAAAUUUUAGAAGUAGUUUUGCGUCUUUCUUGCAUUUUAUUUGUGUGUACUGUGACACAAAUAGAACUCUUAAUGUCUAGUAGUGAAGAGGAGGAAUUCUUGGUCCAUGUGGAAUUUAAUGGCAUGUUGGAGAAGGACGUUCUUGAUAGGUCUCCAAUGUUCAAGAUGAUUGGUGUUGAAGGAAAAAGACCGGUAAUGCAGAUUGGAAACCAGACAUUUGCAGGGGAAUAUCGUGACACUGUGGGGACAGCUCUUUUCUUUGAAGAGGAUCCAGUACCCCCUGGAGGUGAUCCUGUUUUUACAAGCAUUCCAGAACAUAACCUUCAUUAUGUUUAUAAGACUCGUAAAGCACUACACAUGUCAAGAGUAUUUUUAAGGAGAAGAGAUUUAGGUGAGAAUAUUAAUGCAAAAUGUAAUGCUGAAGAUGAUUCUGGCUUGGAUCCAGAGGAUAUUGGUGGGAAUUCUAAAAAUAAAAGUCAGGAAAAUGGAUCCAAACAUGUUCAUGACAACUCUUCAAUCAACCUUAUGUUUGAGGUAGAAGAAUUUCCUCCAUUGCAUAGUACUGAGAAGAAACAGGCGACCACAAGGCCUGAGCCUGAACCAAUAGCAGGCCCUUCAUGGAUGUCUGAUCUACCUGAUGGUGAUGCUAGAAUUUUGGGAACAUUGAUGGAAGCAACUGCAUCAAGGAGUGUGACACAUGAGAUGUCAAGACUUGUAGAAAAACAAAUAAAGGUUACUAAUGAUAGCAUUAGAAAUAUUGAGACAGAUUCUGACAGUGUCUCCGACAGUUAAAGAUUUCCCUGAGAAACAUGUGGAGUAACUUGUAGAAGUGAUAACUGCUACAUGCACUGAUAUUGUGUUAUUCAUUGUACUUUCCAUGCAGUGCAUUAGCUGCAUUCAGUUUGGUUCCAUCAUGCCUUAUUCAGUAAUGCCAAUAUUGAAGUUGCUAGUUACAACAUUUAGGAGUAUCUGGAAUUAGUUUGAACUGACAUCAGCUAGUUGUAUUCUGUAUGAUUCAACUCAAGAACCACUGGACAGAUUUCAAUGAAAUUUGGUAUGGAUGUUAUGCCAUUCAAGAGUAGCCUAAAAUUGUGCUUUUCAGCGUUUUACAAUUGGUAAUACCAACAUGGUGGAUGUACAAACUUUUGAGGUGGGAUAACCACUAGUGCCACUUGCAGUAGGACCUCGCAAUGAUGUAUGGUUAUAUAUUUUUAGAAAAUACAACAUAGAAAAUAAUUCUUUGUAUAAUAAUAACAUGGAUUCGAACCUAUGA